AUGCUCCAAGCCUGUAAGUCAGGCCAGUGCAAUGAUGAAGGCUGUCAGCGGGAAACUCUGUGGUUCUACAGGAACGUACCCCAAAAUGUUGCAGAGAUGCUGGUGAUGUGCGAGUGUGAAGCUUCGGAUCAGAGCUGUGUGAACAUGAAAACCGGAUUACACAGUGGCACCUGUGGAGAUGAGAUUUGGGUCUGUCAGCGUGUACUUAACCAGUGCACUGAGGACAGUAACUGCAGGGGCUUAUUAGAACAUUUCCAAGCCAAAUGUUGGAGUCCUGAAGAAGCCCAGUGCAUUGACAGUGACCUCCCAAGAGAUGAAUGCUUCACCCGGAUGGAUCCAGAGCUCAUCCUUGGUGCAGACUCUGAAUGCAAAAGGGCCUUUGUGGCUACUUUAGGGACAGUGCUUCACCAUCCUUGUACAUGUAAAAGACUCUACAAUGACGAUCUGCUGACAUGCAGCAUGAUUCACGAAGUACUUCACAAUAGAUCACGCUUCAUGGCAUCUUCAGAAACAAUCACUCGCCCAUCUAAACCUCCUCAGAUCAUUGAAUCAGAUCAUGUUUAUGCUUGGUCCCAAGAUUAUCUUCUGUACGUUGUUGCAACCAUCCUGCUUGCUGGUGUCAUAUUAAUGCCUCUGGUUAUUGAUCUCAAGAAAGAGAGAUAA